AUGUUUUUUGAAGGAAACUCUAUUACAAAUUACAGUUCAGAGAAAUCAAGAAUUGUCACAGAAGAGGACUAUUCUAGUAAUGAACGGAGCAAUUAUUAUGAUAAUGAUGAUAUAAAUUCACCAACUUCUCGAUGGCGAGAAGUCAGUUCCGAUGAUGAAUCAUUGGUCAGUGUCCAUGGGAAGUCAGUUCAUGAUCUGAUACCCAACAAACAAAAUCAAACUGUCAUUCCAAUUAAGCUGACUACUAGGGCUAUUGUGAAAAAAAUAGAUAGAUUAGACUCCUCUGCUGAAAAAAGAAUAAGUUUACUACGUUUGUUAAGAAUACCCUCAUCUAAGGCUACUCGCAUGAUUAUUCAAGUUCUUAAGAAAAUUGACCGUAAAUUCGAUGAAAAUUAUGAAAACGGACUGAUACAUUACCAGAAAAUAAAUAUUCCGGCUGACGAUAUUAAACAUGUUUUGCAAAGCUUUUUAGGAAACCACCGUCUCAAGAUUGAAUUAGAAGAAUAUUUGAAUACUUUACAAAGACAUUGUCCAAUGAAUACUAUAGAUUUAUUGGCUUUAUUAAUCUACCUUGAUAGGAUCAUUCAAAAUCUUUACAAAUAUCCAUUAGAUAAGAAACCAAUAUAUCAAUUUAUGGCUAGUCGUUUUCAGCAUAAACAAACAUGUUUAUCAAGAAUCGUAAACUCUUGCACGGUUCAUCGUUUAAUUUUAGCAGGAAUUACAGUCAGCUCAAAGUUUUUAAGUGACUUUACGUAUAGUAACAAGCGCUAUGCUCAAGCCAGCGGAUUAACAUUGGAAGAAUUGAAUUACUUAGAGUUCCAAUUCUUACGACUCACUAAUUUCAAUUUAUCAGUCUCUCUCAACGAACUUGAAGAUUACGGCACAGCACUAUGUAGUUGUUCACAAAUAUGA